AUGCCGCCCACCGCGCGCGAGUGGCGCCACUUCACCGCAUCCAGCGACGGCACGCGCAUCGAAUGUCUCAUCACCGAUUUCCCGCGCGCCGAGGACGAGAAGCGCGCGCGCGAGGACUGGUUUAUUCUCGUCCACGCCCAUCCAAAGCUCGGUGGUUGUCGACAGAUGAUGCUCCCGCUCGCGCGUUCUCUCGCCGCUCGCGGGCACGGCUCGGUGUGCGUCGCGCUGCGCGGUACUUCUGAGUCCCUGGGCUCGAGCACGUGGCGAGGGAGCGAGGCGGAGGGAGAGGACGUGCUCGCGGCGUGCGCGCUCGCGGCGAACGGGACGCUCGCGGGCGCGAACGCGAACGCGCGAUGUCAUUUGGUCGGAUAUUCGUACGGUGGGACGAUAUGCGGGUACGCGCUGAAGAGGAAACAUCCGAACGUGGCGUCGUACAUCGCGAUCGGGUACCCGCGAGGGUCGUACGGGUGUGGAUUGUACGGAGUCGGGGCGAAGUGGUUGAUGCGAGACCACUUCGACGCGCUCGCGGAGAGCGAGACGCCGAAAUUGUUCAUUCAUCCCGAACGCGACGAGUUUACGACGGUGAAGACGAUGGAAACGCUCGUAGAGGAGAAGCUCGAGCGUGGAGUGAGGGAACUGCGAGUGUUAAAGGGGGCGGAUCACUUUUCCGCCGCGACGGACGCGCGCGUCGUCGAGCAGACGGUGGAUUGGAUCUUAGAGUUUGUGGCGCGUUGUGCGCGACGGGAGGAUUCUUCUUAG